AUGAGCAACGACGAACAGUCGGUGUUUCUUGCUACAUAUUCAGGCAUCGAUGUUUAUGAAUGUGAGUCAGAAACAGGGAACCCUGUUAUGCGAAGAGUGAAAGAUGAUUGGGUGAAUGCUACCCAGAUUCUUAAAUGCUGCAACAUUCAAAAGGCCAGAAGAACAAAGAUUUUGGAACGAGGAGUUCAAACCGGUGAACAUGAAAAGAUUCAGGGUGGGUUUGGAAGAUUUCAGGGAACUUGGAUCCCCUUGGAAAAUGCCCAAAAAUUGGCUCUUGCUUAUGGUUGCUCAAAAGAUAUGAUGCCUGUGUUAUGGCUUGAUUCUUCGGAUCCUAAUUUAAAACUUCUGCGUAAGGCAAAACCUUUAAAUAAAGAUGGGACUCCAGUUAAACGGAAAUAUGUUAAGAAGAAAAAGACCGAUUCAGUGGUUAUAACUCCUUCCAAGAGAACUAAGAGAGAAGAUAGCAUCACAGGUCAAGGUGCAGCUUCAUUUGACCCAUUUUCUUCCUUCAACAACAACAAUAGCAAUGCUAAUAACAACAAUAAAGUUCAUCAGCAAUCGAUGCAGAACUCUUAUCCUUCCCAGUUUCAAUAUGGUUCGGGCCCUAUGGGACUUCCUCAACAACAACCACCACCUCAUCCACAAGUAUCUCAUCAAAAUGGACAACCUCUUCCUUACCAUAUUAGCCAACAUAGUCAAGUACAUAAUGCCCCCCCUCCAGCAUUCCCAAACCAUCAUCAACUACAACAACAACAGCAGCAGUAUACCAACCCUCUUCCUCAACAGAGAAACGGCAAUGGGCUUCCGCAACAACAGCAUUACCAAUCCAACAUUAACAUGCGUCCUCAAAACCAAAAUACUCAACAACCGAGUCAAGCAUCCUACUAUCUGCAACAAUAUCCUCAGCAAGCACCUCAUACUAAGCUUAGUGGGUCCCAGUCAACUGCAGAAACCACCUGGUCUGAGAAGAACAAUUAUGCUCGGGAUAGCGAUACUUCAUUACUGUCUAAUGAUGAACGGUUUCAACCUAAAAAUGGAGAUUUUGAUUCCCGACUAAACAGACAAUCUCUGAUGAAUAUGAGACCUAUUAAUGGGUUACAUCCAAUGCAACAACAGCAACAACAACAGCAAAAUGGUGCUUCCAAAAAACCCUCCAGCACCGAAAACAACUAUUCUGCACAACUCUUACAAUUCUUCAGUGAUGAUACAAGACAGAUUCCAUAUUUUAUAUAUGAUCCACCAUAUGACUUUGACAUAAAUGAUCCAAUUGAUGAUGAAGGACACACUCCAUUACAUUGGGCAGCUUCUAUUGGAGAUGCUAACAUGGUUUCUUUGCUUCUUUCCCAACGGGCGAACCCCAUUGUGGUUAAUAAUUUUGGGUUGAACCCUUUAUCAAAGCUCGUUUCCUUUAACAACUGUUAUGAGUUGAAAAACUUUCCUCGUGUUUUAGAUGAUUUAGAAUAUUGUCUUAUUAACACUGAUAUUAAUGGACGUACACCAUUGCAUUACUUGUGUCAAUUUGCCAAGGUGAAAACCAAGUUAGAAUCAUUAUCAUAUUAUAUGGAUGUUAUUUUCGCCAAGUUGACAACAUUAUCCAACCAGAAUAUGUCAAAUCAAGUGAAUUUACUUAAGAAUGUGUUGAAUCAUCAAGAUGUAAAAGGUGACACUUGUCUUCAUUUGGCUGCAAGAUCUGAAUGUAUUGAUUUUGUUCAAUAUUUAUUGGAUUAUGGCGCUCGUGAUGAUCUUGAAAACAUCCAUGGUGAAACUGCUAGACAGUUGGUAACUGGACUUAGGCUAGCCCAGGGAUUUGAUCAACCACUACAUCCCAUGAAUAGACAUGACCAUAUCACACCUAAUAACCCUUUGCAUGCAAUGGCGGCUCAACCACUUCAACUUUCAACAAAUGACCAUGACCAAUCCACUGCUCACUUGUCAUUGGUUGAUGACACCACUGUGAAUAACUCUAGAAUGUCUGCUGUUGUACCUCCAGAUUCCAUUCCGAAUAAUGUCAAUGCUUCGUUAUUAGGUACACAUCCACAAGAAAGACAAGAAUCAAUCCCCCCAGCAUUUGUACCUACACCACCUCUGAAUGUAUCGUACCAUCGCAACAAUUCUGUUAUUGAUGGUCCAGAUUUAAGUCAAUUGGCAUAUCCACCUCAUCCUUCUGCAUUACCCGGACUGGCUCCUCCUGAUGCCACAGCCGGUGGUGGCAUUCUUGCUACCCCAUUGCAAGUGAAUCGUCAUGCAGCUACAGAAACUCCUGAUACUCAACGAACUACGAUCCAACACGAUGAAGACCUGGAAGAAAGACCGACUAGACUUUCAAACAAUAUUGGCGCUGGGGUCGGUUCAGGUAUCGGCAAAGCACUUCGUGAUCAACUUAACCUGUUGGAUGAAAAGGAUGAAGACACGGAGAAGUUGUAUGUGGACGACACUUCUAUGAAAGCGUCGACUCCUUUAGCUGUAUUGAAGAAGACGACAAAUGGCCAAACACAUUUCACAAGAAACGGUGAUGACAAGAAAGAAAGCAAGAUUAAAGAUAUUGGUAAGACAAUUAUUGAAAGUAAACAGUUCAAUCCACCAACUUUAGAUAAGUUUGGGUAUAUUGUUCCUGUUCACAGUGCUAAAAGCAUUAGUAAGGACGAUGAUUUGAAUAUUAAGAAACUUCUGAUGACAGAUUUAUCAGCGAUGAUUGGAGGGAUGUUGAAUUCACUAUCUGAUUCUUAUGAUAAAGAAUUGGAUACAUUGACCAAGGAACAUCAACAAUUGAAACAAGAUUUACAAGAGAAGAAGGAACAGAAUAAGGAACUGUUGGCUACUCUUGGUGAGAUCUUAAAGAAGUAUGGGCUCAAUGAAGCCGAAACAGCCGAGGAAGGCGUUGCAUAUGUGAAAGCAGAAGCCGAAACCAUAUCACAGGAAUUGACAUCGAAACUGAACAGCUUGAUGAAGAUUCUUGAACGGAACCAAGCAUUUAAUUUGGCUACUUUGGUUCAAGAAAGAGAGCUGACUCUUGAAAAUGAAAAUGAAGCAGAGAACGCGAACGAGAACGUAGCGGAUGCUGGAGCCGCAUGGGAACAUGCUUUUGCCUUGACCAAACUCCAAGUCAAACGGGCACAUUUAAUGAAACAAGUAGCUAGUAGUAUUGAGCGGUCUGGAGCUGAUUUGAAGAUGUACAAAUACAGAAAAUUGAUUAGUCUAAGUUGUGGGAUCCGCGUUGAAGACAUUGAUGGUCUUAUUGACGGCAUAGCUGAUCUGCUUACAGAGGAUUUCGCUGCUUGA